UCAGACUUCAACGAUGCGCCGAUCCUAGAUUACUUGCGUUUAGAUGAAGACUGCCGACCACUUCCUUCGGAAGACCCAAUUGCAUUUCUCCAGCAACAUCAGCAUCUCAAACGCCUACCACCCAAUUUGCUUUCCUCAUUCUCAAGCAUCACAAGUCCAAAACAACGUACCAUCAUCACAGCCAUCCGAAACAGACGCCUGAACUUCGCAAAUUCAAGCCCACACGAGUUGGAAUUCGACCGUGCUCGUGAUACUUGGCCCCAGCUAUGGCAAGGUAAUGGUCAAGACCGUCCGAAUUGGAGAGUAGAAGAGCGCGAGAACCGUGAUGAGAAGGUCUGGGCUGACUCACAGUUUCUUGGUGGAGAGAGACAGCACGUUGGCAAGUUAGGGACUCUCUUGGGAAACUACGAGGAAGAGAGGGCUGCUGAACGAAUGAGGACAUCAAGAAGACGAGUCGUGGAGGAGUUCGUUCCCGAGGAAGACAGUGACGAGUCAGACAACGAUAACGAUGUCACCAAUAGUACCUGGCCAGACAAUUCUUCGGAAGAGAACAAAGUAAACUUUGAACGAUUAAUUCGCGAACGCUUCAUAUACGGACUGCUUGACUCUAUUGACUACGACGCUGUUGACUGGAAUGAUCGAUGGGACCCGGAUAAUGACAGAUUGGAUGAGGAGCGGUGGUUUGAUGAGGAA